UUCUCUCUCUCUCUUCAGAGAAGAAAAAAAAACUUACAAAAAUGGAGUCCUCAAAAAUCUCUCUCUCUGUUCUAUUCACUUUCCUUUCCCUCUUCUCUCUCUCUUCCUCGAUCAACUUCAACGAGGACCUUCAUAUAUCUCGGUCGAACCUGCCAUCGGUCCAAGCCGAGAAGUUUAUCAGAGACCUCAAUUUGUUCCCCAAGACCGAAAUCAACGUCGUCGACCGUCCAGGUUUCUCCUCCGCCGCCGCCGAACCCAAGAAGAUCGUCGAGAAACGGUUCGCUUUUCCCGACCUCGUCGGCUCCGGAGUCACCGUCGACGAUUUGGGCCACCACGCUGGCUACUACGAUAUCGAGCAUUCCCAUGCCGCUAGGUUGUUCUACUUUUUCUUUGAAUCGCGCACCAACAAGAAAGACCCUGUUGUUAUCUGGUUGACCGGAGGGCCGGGAUGUAGCAGUGAAUUGGCCAUGUUUUAUGAAAAUGGUCCUUUUUCUAUUGCAAACAACAUGUCUCUUGUGUGGAACGAGUACGGUUGGGACAAGGCAUCAAACCUCCUCUAUGUUGAUCAACCAACUGGGACUGGCUUUAGUUAUACUUCUGAUAAACGCGACAUCCGUCACAAUGAAGAUGGUGUUAGUAAUGACCUUUAUGACUUCUUACAGGCUUUCUUUGCGGAGCAUCCUGAAUUUGCAGAGAAUGACUUCUACAUAACUGGGGAAUCUUAUGCUGGGCACUACAUCCCUGCCUUUGCUGCUCGAGUUCACCGUGGAAACAAAGCUAACGAAGGAAUUCAUAUAAACCUAAAGGGAUUUGCCAUUGGUAAUGGACUUACUGACCCUGCAAUCCAAUAUAAAGCUUACACUGAUUAUGCACUGGACAUGGGCUUGAUUUCAAAAACUGCUUACAAUCGCAUUAGCAAGGUGAUUCCGGUCUGUGAAACCGCGAUCAAGCUUUGUGGCACUGAUGGUACAAUCUCUUGUGUGGCUUCAUAUUUUGUUUGCAAUACUAUAUUCAGUAGCAUCAUGGCCCUUGCUGGCGGUAUCAAUUAUUAUGACAUUAGAAAGAAGUGUGAGGGGACCCUCUGUUAUGAUUUCUCAAACAUGGAUAAGUUCCUAAACCAGGAAUCUGUUAGGGAUGCACUAGGAGUUGGGGAUUUAGACUUUGUGUCGUGUAGCCCUACAGUGUAUCAGGCCAUGUUGGUGGACUGGAUGAGGAAUCUCGAAGUGGGUAUUCCUACACUUCUUGAGGAUGGAAUCAAAUUGCUUGUGUAUGCUGGAGAAUAUGAUCUCAUAUGCAACUGGCUUGGUAACUCAAGAUGGGUUCAUGCUAUGGAAUGGUCUGGUCAGAAAAAUUUUGUAGCAUCCCCUGAAGUUCAAUUUGAAGUCAAUAAUUCAACAGCUGGAGUACUGAAAAGCCAUGGACCUCUCAGUUUCCUUAAGGUCCAUGAUGCGGGUCACAUGGUUCCUAUGGACCAGCCCAAAGCUGCAUUAGAGAUGCUGACAAGGUGGACUCAGGGCAAACUUUCUGAAGUGCCAUCUGAUGAUACUGGAAUAUUGAUUGCUGAGAUGUGAUUGCCUCCUUCUUUCAUCUUAUUUUGUUAUCUUAUACAGAGCUGUGUUUGACCUCAAUGUCAGAGCAAAUCAGUAUAUUGUUUCCUUGGGUUCUUACUAUGCUUGUAAAUAUUUGUGCACACCUCAACUUUGGUAUGAAAAAGAACUCUAGUCUCUAGAUAAUGUGGUAUCUUGACGUUUUUUGAAGAUUUCUCAACAAUAACCAAUGAGAAUAUGAUGCCUAAUGUUUGUAUA